AUGGUGGUUCGGGGGGCCUGGGUCUCCGGGGUGCGAUAUGUUGUCUGGCGCAUCAAGUGUGGAGAGCGAAUGAGCCGCACUGACAGGAGGGCAGCGGCCAGGCCUGAGGGAGCUCAUUAUCUGGUGCGAGCGGAGACGGGUGGAGGCCGGGUGCCACUGUGCUGGACCGUGACGUCAGAUAUUGGGGGAAUGCCCUGCUGGGACGGGGGCACGGGAGUCAGGGUUGGUUGGUGUGUUGUGGACUAA